AUGACGUAUCCACAUACAAAAAGAGCUACAAAUAUCUCUUGCAAAUCACCACAGAACAAAAACCCUAACCCAAAAAUAAAUGGGCCGAGACGCAGUGCUGGAACAGGGAAAUGCAGGAAUCGUAUGAAGAGUCACAGAACAGACAUAGCAACUGAGGGUUCGAGCCUUGUUCCUCCACGGCAUCGUCGUCGUCUUUCCACUCAUCCCAAUUGUGGUCCUCGAGCUCCUCUUCCGAGUCGGAAUCGGAUGUGUGUCGUAAUGCGCCUACUUGGGCGUCGUUUAGUUUAUCUUCGUCUUCUACAAGGUGAGUCGCCAUUGGCAAACGAUAGGUGCAGCUGGACGGGAAGUUUCUGGUCAGCGGAAUUUCUGUUUGCUCUUAAACCCUAA